AGAAGAGCAACGGCCCAAAAAGCCCAGGAAGCAAACAUGUUCAGCCUUCUGAUCCAGUCCGUCGACUUCACCGACGACGCGGCCGCGGCCGCGGCCACCGCCGUCGCCGCCGGCGAAACCAGCGGCACCUCUCACCCCCUCUCCCCGCGCUCCGGCGACCCUCUCCCCACCACCACCUCCGCCUCCGUAACGGCGCCUCUCGAGCUGCCCGGCGCGACCUCCGCCUCGCCCGCCCGAAACCCUAAGAUCAACUACACCCGCGGCAUCCUACACCUCUACCGCUCCUCCUCCUCCUCCUCGUCGACCGCCUCCUACGCUUCCGCCGUCGCCGCCACUCCAUCCUCCUCCUCCUCCGGACCCGCCGCCCCGCAGCUCGCCUCCGACUGCCUACUCCCGCCAUGGCGCGGCACACGGCUCCUGGUGCUCGCCGUCCCAACCCACGUCUCACCAGACGACUUCGUCCGCUUCUGCGGCCCUUACAUCGAGCACGCCUCCGAUAUCCAUGUCGUCAGGGAUGAUGGGGUGGAGGACCGGUAUAGCGUGCUCGUGGAGUUUGAGGAUCAGAAGAGUGCCGAUGGGUUCUACUUGGACCUCAACGGUUGGAGGUUCUCGUCAUCCGAGGUAGAGGUUUGCCAUGUUCUGUUUAUAGUUGCUGUCCAAUAUACACCAUCAACCAAGCCUGCGGUGACUCCACCAGUUGGAUCCACUGAGCUCCCAACAUGUCCUGUCUGUAUUGGUCUAUCUAUUAACUUAUGUUGUUUAACUAUCUUUGUGCAAGUAUGCAUAGAAAGAUUGGAUCAAGACAUCAGCGGAAUUAUGGCAACGACUUGUGAUCAUUCGUUCCAGUGUUCAUGUGUUUCAAUGUGGGUCAAUUCAUCUUGUCCGGUUUGCCAGUUUUGUCAGAAGCAGUCUAAGAAUCCUACAUGUUCUGUUUGUCAAACCUCUGGAAACCUAUGGAUCUGUAUAAUAUGUGGUUUUGUUGGAUGUGGGAGGUAUGAAGAAGGCCAUGCAAUUAGGCACUGGAAAGAAACUCAGCACUGCUAUUCACUUGAUUUGGAAACUCAACGUGUUUGGGAUUAUGUUGGUGACAGUUACGUCCACCGACUUAAUCACUCCAAAAGUGAUGUGAAGCAUUCCAAGUUCAAGUCAAAGUGUAAAUAUUCUGGUGACAAAUGUGCAAACUGCUCCUGCAAUGAUGAGGAAGAUAUCGGUGGUGCUAUUUUCAGCAGCAAAGCAGAAACAAUUGUGGAUGAAUACAACCGUCUUCUUGCUAGCCAACUUGAAACUCAGAGAGAGUAUUAUGAGGCUCGGCUGUCAGAAGCUAAGAAAGAAAAGGAACAACACAUUUCUGAUGCAGUGGAUAAAGCUGUAAAUGAUAAGAGUAAAGAAAUCCAACAAAAGAUUGAGAAUGCAAUGUUGGAGAAAAAGAAACUUGCAGAUAUGAAUGAAAAACUCACGAAGAACCAGGAUAUAUGGCGUCGAACACUAAAAGAAAUUGAGGAAAGGGAGAGGGCUCAACUGAAGUUGAAAGAUGAUACAAUUCGUGAUCUAGAAGAACAGAUAAAAGAUUUCAAAUUUUCCAUCAAGUUACAGAAAUCGAUCGAGAAGAAUAAAAAUGCUGAUGAUCUCAAAGGAGGUUUGCUGGUGCCACUCCCAAUGGUGCCAGAUUCUGGAACCAAAGGUAAAAGAUCGUCAAGAACAAGCAAGAGGAGGAACCAGUAGCUGCAUCUGUUGUACAUGUAACAAGCAAUUGCUUGGCUAAUCUGUGCCAACCAGGAUAAUAUGAUACAUUCUGAAAAAAAGAGAGAGUGCAAUAUUAUUCUACUACAGAUAGCUGCCUUUUAUGGAACAGAAAAUUGAACCAAAGGAUAGCAUAGUUUACAAUUUUACAUUACAUACAGGGGUAGAUGUUUCAGAAAGCUCUUGGCUAUAUUAUUGCUCAUACAGUACUACUUUUCUGGGUGGACUA